UGUUCAAACAACAAUUUACACAUUCGCAUCAACACCGCAGGUGAACCGUUAGACCGGAAUCAUCGGAUUACAACUCAUCUCCGGCGUUUUCAAUUUUGAUCCCAGUAAACCCGCAAGUAAAUAUAAAAAGGAAAGUAGGACGGCUACAUCUAUUUCAAAUUACAGGGUACUAAGAAGUUGAAUCUUCGCUAUCAACGUCUACGACAGACUGUAAACCCAAUCGUUUGGUUGUAAAAAAACGCUUUUACUUUUCUGUUCUUACGUUAGAAAAAAGACACAUUCUAUGUUGUGAUUAGAACAGCAACUUUUAUCUAAGCCAUGAUCGCCAUUUUUAUUUUCGGCUUCGCCCUUUUUAAGGUGGAAUCAGCGAACAAAUUUACCUCAUCUGCUGAACCUCGUCCGUGCGAAUUUGACUGGCUUCAGUUUAGCGACUCCUGCUACCAGGCCUUCCAUGGUGACCAGAAGUCCUGGGACCUAGCGAAGCAAGCAUGUGAAGAGUUUAACGCCCAUCUGGUGACAUUCACGACUAAAGAAGAGAAUCAAGCUGUCUACAAGAAACUCGCUGUUGGAAAGUCGCUCUGGAUCGGUUUAAAGAGGAAUCCGUUAUCCGUGUUCGAGUGGAUAACAGGCGAACAGAUGACAUACACCAAUUGGAUCGGCAGUGGCCCGACCGAUAUCAACGAGAAAUGCGGAGAGAUGACAGAUUAUGGCUCCUUCAACGGCAUGUGGAAUGACAACAGCUGCGAUCACCAACAGGGGUACAUAUGCGAGAAAGCGACAAGACCUUUGAAGGGCAUCUACACAUUGACCAAUGACAAGGCUCUGUUAGGUCACGUGUUGAAAGUAUUCGUAACAUCCGGGGAUUUUGAAUGUCUUCAAAUGUGCGUACGCACAGCGGGAUGCUUCUCUGUGAAUUAUCACCACAGCUCGAGUCCAGGUCUCUGUGAGCUUAACGAUGUGACGGCCACAGAGUACCCACACGACUUGCUGAACACACCAGGAAUAACAUAUUACGGGGAGCCUUAGCUACUGGUGACACUCACUCACAAAAAGAUAAACCCAUGGAAGUCUUAUCUACUGGUUGACACUCAACACACUUCACAAAAACAAUAAACCCAUGGAAGUCUUAGCUACUGGUGACACUCACUCGCAAAAAGAUAAACCCAUGGAAGCCUUAGCUACUGGGUGACACUCACUCACAAAAAGAUAAACCCAAGGGAGCCUUAGCUACUGGGUGACACUCGACACACUUCACAAAAAGAAGGGGUACCCAAGCCGAAAGCAGCGUUGGUCAAGUCAUUUGUUUUCUGUUGUCGUAGAGUGAAUAUAAUGAUUGACAACAUUCCAAUCAUUUUUUGCACUCAAAAUCUUAAACCCUACUAAAUCCUAAUUCUGCCGAUGGCUAGGUCUGAAGCCUAUUUAGGGUAAACCUUGUGUGAACUCAUACCUAACUUUCCUUCAUUAAGAAGUACGAAGCCAAAUCCUGAUUGUCAAAUACCACUUGAACUAGAGAUAUUACAUGAUAGUGAGUGCUCGGAGGGAGUGACUCAAGCCUCCUCUAAAAGCCAGAUCUGCCCCUGUUGCACUGAUGCAGCUCAAACAAUAUAAUUUAAUGAAAUACUGCAGGCCUGUAGCCAGAAUCAAAAUUUUACCGAAGCAAAGCUAACCACUGGAUGAUAAAUCCAGCAAAAAUAGGGGUUUUAUCUCGUACUUCUCAAUUGUGAAACACUAAACAUCAAAGUUUUACCGAGGCGAGUGCCUCACGUGCCACAUGCUGGCUACGGCCCUGUUCUGCAGUUUUUUCAAUAUUCUGGCAAAUAUGGUUAAGAUGCAUGGAGCUUUGCAUUGGUGAUUCAUUGGCAGACUUUAGGCGGGGCACAGGGGCCUGAGGUCCUCCUUUUCACCCAAUUCCCCUAUACACGUUUACUGAAGCAAAGGUUACAACUUUGGGCUCCAUAUUUAUUUUACUUUGGGUCCCUUCUGUAGAAUCUGGAUUCUUUCAUGUAGUUGUAUGAUUUUCUGGAUCUAUUGAGUAGAAAAUACAAAUACAUGUAAUUAAGUAUAAUAUUAAAAUAUUGGAAUGGGGAGAGAUAAGGAUUGUUUUUUUGUUGAAUAUAUAAAAAAACACUAACCUGAAGCUGCCAUGAAAAGUCAGGACAUUACAUUAAGAAAUUGAGUAUUUAGAUGGUGCUUUUGGGUUUAUCAGAAUUUUGGAUAAAAAUAGAGUUUUUAAGAGUAAGAUUAUAAUACAGGUUAGAAGUAGCUUGUGAUAGUAAAUCAAGUCUAUGUGUUUCAGCUAGGCGAUAAUAUAAAGUGGAUGAUGAUUUCAAAC